ACUUAAAAAUAUGUAUAAAGAAAUUGCAUACAAAGCAUUAGUACUUUAAGCCAUAUUCAGUAUUGUGCAAGCUAAAAAAACUGUUUUAAUAUUUAUUUGACAUCCGAUAUUGACGGGGUUAGAAGAAAAGACGAACAACACACAAAAUAUUGUACAUGGAAUGUCUGUUGCAGAAGACGAAAAUUACGAUGUUGAGUAACUGCCUUAUACUUCUUAUGGUCGGCCAAGCAUUUUCUAUCCCGAAAACUGAAGAAGUUACAUGGUAUCCUACGUAUCACCUGGCACCGCAUAAAGGAUGGAUAAAUGACCCUAAUGGUUUAAUUUAUCAUAAUGGAUACUACCAUGCAUUUUUUCAACAUAACCCUGAAAAUAUUCCAGAGGGCACGAAGCAUUGGGGUCAUGCAAGAAGCCAUGAUAUGUUGAACUGGGAAUAUUUACCAAUUGCGCUUAGCCCUUCUUUAGAAGAUGAUAUAGAUGGUAUAUUUAGUGGAUCAGCAGUUAAUCUUAAUGGAAAACUUACUCUAAUUUAUACUGGAGUGAGCGAUAAUUUAAAUAAACAACGUCAGAUGGUUGCCAUAUCUUCUGAUGGUGUUAAUUUUGAGAAAAAAGGAGUAGUUAUUACUAAAGAAGGUGAUGAGUCGUACUUUAGGGACCCUAAAGCUUGGUUUCAAAAUGGUUCUUGGUGGGUUGUUAUAGGAUCCCAGACAACAGAUAAAUUAGGUGAGGUUUUAUUAUAUUCGUCUAAAGACUUUUUUAACUGGACCUAUCAGGGAGUAUUAGCAGGAGGUAAUGGAUCUUUAGGAUAUAUGUGGGAAUGUCCAGAUUUUUUUACCAUUAAUGGUAAGCAAAUACUAGUUAUCAGCCCUCAGGGCCUAGAACAAGAUGGAUUUAACUACCAGAACCUCUAUCAAACUGGAUACUUUGUUGGUAAUUGGCAGCCAGAACAGAACUAUACGAUCGAAAAAGGAUUUAGGGAAAUUGAUCACGGUCAUGACUUUUAUGCUUCUCAAUCAUUUUUGGCACCCGAUGGUAGAAGAAUUCAGAUUUCUUGGCUUGAUAUGUGGGAAUCCGUAUUUGCAGAAAAUGUUACUGGUUGGAGUGGAAUGUUUACGAUCCCUAGAGAAAUAUCGCUAAAUGAAUUCGGAGAUUUAGUAUCCAAACCUAUUAGGGAAAUUAUAGGAAAGCGUACUCCAAAUACCGAUAUUUUUGAUACUAUUAUUUCUAGUAAUCAAAUGCUUACACUGAAAAAUAACGUCUUUAGUAGUGAAAUUUUGAUUGAAUUUAAUUUACUUAACUCAAGUUGCAAAGCCAUCCAGCUUUCUCUAAAAGAGGAACCAACAAGAGAUGAAGGUGUGGUACUCUAUGUAGAUAUUGAACUGAGUAGACUGUUUAUGGAAAGAUAUUAUCCAAAGUACGGUAUUGACAAAACCAAUCGUAGCGUAGCAAUUGAUCUUUCUUUGUCUAAGUUAUCUCUAGAUAUUUUUGUAGAUAGCUCAUCCAUUGAGGUUUUUGUAAAUGAUGGUAUAGCUGUUAUGAGUAGUAGAAUCUAUCCAAACAAUAACCAGAGAAAAUUUUCGGUUGCUCCAGUUGACGGAUUUGUUAAUGUUAGUCUAACAUCUUAUGAUAUUAAUGUAAAUAAUCAGUAAAAUAAGCACAAGAAAAGCUCUAGAAUUAGUUUACUUUUAGUUUUUUAAAAUGUAAAAAUUUUAGUUUUAAAUGUCUAUAAUCUAGUACAGGCAUCAUAUAUCGAUGAAAGUGCAAAGAAAAAUUUAGAAUUUUAUACAUUACCUAGACUAUAAAAAUAUAUAUUGUAAAAUUGUUACUAUAAAAUUAUUUUAUUAUAAAAAUUGAUGGUGCCUGACAACUACCAAGUAAGACCUUAAUCAAGACCUUAAUCAUAUUGUUAAAAAAAGUGUAUGGAGUUAAAUAGUAAUAAGAAAUAUAUCCUAGUAUUAGUUAA